GAUCGGUUGCGUAAAUACUUUUGAAAGACCCUAUUAGCGCGCGGGGCGCCACGUUUGAUCUGUGGACGAGCUUGGGCGGGUGCAGUGCCCGAGCAGAGAGCCACGCACGCCAUGGAGUCUAUGGGUCGGCAGGACCGCAGGCUGCAUCAGCAGCUUAAUGAAAGCAGUAGCCGCUUCCAGACGUUAAUGAAGCGGCUGAUAGCGAAGUACAACCAGCCCUUUGAGGACGACCCGUUGGUGGAGAUGACGACGUUGACCUACCAGACGCCCCAGGGGUUGAGAAUUUGGGGAGGAAAGCUGAUGAAGAAGGAAGACAAGGAAUACACUCAGGUGAUUGACAGAUUAAAUGGGCAAGCUCCAGAAGGCGAUUCAGAGAGCAGUGGUGCAGAUACAAGCUUAGAGGAGAACUGGCCAUCUUGCAGCUCAGCGAUGGGAGAAGCCUCUGGUGAUCCUGGGCAGCAUCAGCCUGCAGUGCCCGGAAACACCUUGGAAACUGAUUUAAGAAGGAAGUACUUGACCCAGGUGGAUAUAUUGCUUCAAGAUGAAGAGUAUUUUAAGAACACAGAGAAGAGAGGUGGAAAAGACACAGUCAUGACUUGGGUUCCUUCCGUGACCUCAUCUGUCACACCAGCCUCUGGAUGCCAGGAUGCUAUCUCCCCAAAGAGCUCUGGUGGACCUGAAGUAUCUGCUUUGUCCUCCAGAGGCCAGGGUCCCUCAUACCCUUGCCCAGCUGACAUGGCCAUUGUGGCUAGAAGUGAUGGCCUCUCCUUACUUGGGACUAGCAGCAACAGUGGAAGCAGCCAGUCCCUUGAGGUUGAUGACCUUCGCAAUGUGACAAUCAGCGAUUUGUAUGAAGGCAUGAUGCAUUCCAUGAGUAGGCUGCUGCGUUCAAAGCCGUCCUGCAUCAUCUCCACCAAGACCCACAUCAACCAGAGCUGGAAGCUCCGGAGGAGGCCCUCACAUAAGCAGGGGCUGCACAAGAACAGGACACACUGCCCCCGGAGCAAGCCCUCCCAGAGGUGUGCCAGGAAGGUGCCCGAGCCCUGCUCAGAGCCCGGGAAAGAAGCCAGAAUAUUAAGAGACUACGAGAACUUACUGCACGUUGCUCCCCGCAAGACAGGCUUAGAACUGAAAAGUGUUUCUCUUGAAGGAAGCAAACGCCAAGUCCAUGAAUUCAGUCCAGCUUGGAAGGAGCUCCAGAUGAUGCCCCAGAAGGACUUGGACUUAAACCAUGAGCGAGAAAAUAGGGUGAUGUCAUUACAGUGGCUAAUUUCACCCGUCAAAAUGGUUCCCAGACCAAGGGUGUUUCCAAGUCAAGUAGAGAAGCGGUAUAGAGAGAUUAAAAUCAAAUUUGACAAACUUCAUCAGGAAUAUUGCCUGUCUUCUGGGAAACAGCCUCGCCUGACUGGCCCCACAGAGUCUCGGGCUGUUGAUGUGUACAGAAGUGGCUCUAAGAGCCCAGGCAGCCAUCAGGGUGUAGAAACCCGCAGGCCCAGUUCACCUUUCAGCAGAGAAAAGACAGAAAGGCCAGGUGAAGCUUUGGAAGACCUGAGGGGAAAUGGAAAGUCUGUCAAAACAAAGAGCUGUCUUCUAAGGAGCUGUCCCUCUCCAGAGGGCAGCCUGUCACGGAGCCCCGGUCAUUCUCAGCAGAGCUCUGGCCUUCAAGAGCACAAUUCUGAACCUCCUGGUAAGGCAGUGUGGCCCAGUACAGCUAUUUCAGCACUGUGCAUAGGCUCUCCACGCUGUAGGAAGGAUAACUAUGAUGAGCUUAAAAAAGAAUUCAACAGACUUUAUCACAAGUAUUGUCUGUCACCGCAGCGGGCGAAGGUGACUUCGUGUGGCAGAGCAUCGCCAAUGAAAGCCGCUGCAGCUCUUCCCCAUCAAGCAGAGCACUUGAAAAGACUAAAUCCAAACUCCCCACAACAGAGCUCCCAGAAACUGUCAAUCUCUCCUGGCUGUCACAUAAGAGUCCUACAGGAUUCAGCUGCAGUUGGGGUUCACAGGUCUGCACAGACUGCUAGUACACUUGUGAGAGAGCCUUGGCGGCCAACAAAGAGGCGCAAGUUGUCAUACCCGGUAGCUUGUGCUCACCAGGCCAAGUCUCAUGAUACCUCAGGAGCAUCAGGCUGGCCCUGAGUGUCCUAAGUGCUGAUUGGGUGUUCAUGUGUUGGACAUGAUGCUUGUGUGUAGUCAGCAGCAGCUUUGAGGGAGAAGACCUCGGCAGAGACUUUUGUUUCUCCUUUUGUUAUGUCCCCACAGUGGGCAUCACACAGGUACCUCGGGGUUUACACUGGGCAGUCAGGAUGAAAAAGUGAGUUUUUGAUACGAAGAUUUUAAAGUUUAAAAAUUUUGUCUUGCCCUUUGCCUCUAGUUCUGUUUUUAGAAGGGGUCUCUGUCCUAGUCACCUUGCAUUGCUGUGGCUGCCUGCUUGACCUGUCUGCCCUUCAUGCUUCAGGGCAGCUGGUAUCGUGGAAAGUGCCUGGUGUGGUUUUGUGAAUAAAGAUAUAUGGUUAGUGUUA